UUUAGAACCAUUUCCAUCUCCCCUUCAGACUGCAUCUCUCCUUCUCUGCCAUGGAUCCCUCCCAAGAGUUGGACCAGGAGGUUCCUGAAUAUCUCCGUAUCUACAAAGAUGGCCGCGUAGAGAGGCUGAAGGGCAACGAGAGGGUCCCUCCCUCCAACGACCAUCAUGCCACCGGCGUCUCCUCCAAGGACGUCCUCAUCAACCCCGAAACCGGCCUCUCCGCCCGCAUUUACCUCCCCCCACUUUCCGGCAACCACCGCAGUCCACUCUUAGUCUACUUUCAUGGUGGUGGCUUCUGCAUCGAGUCUGCCUUCUCCCCUCUCUACCACAACUACAUCAACUCCCUUGUCACCGAGUCCGGUGCCGUUGCCGUCUCCGUCGACUACCGCCUGGCUCCGGAGCAUCCCGUCCCCACCUCCCACCACGACUGUUGGGAAGCCUUCCAGUGGGUGGUGUCCCAAACAGGGCCUGGUGCUGAGCCGUGGAUCGCUGAUCAUGUCGACUUGGGCCGCGUCGUGGUUGCUGGAGACAGCGCCGGCGGCAACCUCGCCUACCAUGUGGCCAUGCGUGCCGGCGGCGCCUCUGCAGCUCUUGGAUCUGGUCGAGCCCUUGAAGAUCCGGUAAAUCUUCAAGGAGUCAUUUUGGUGCACCCUUUCUUCUGGUCCUCUGCUCGCCUCGGUUGCGAGACAUCAGAGGUUGUGGCGCUCAUACAAGCGUUUUGGAAGGCGGCAUGCCCUGCGAACAUCGGAGAUGACGACCCAAUCCUUAACCCGCUGGCGGUCGGUUCGCCACCGCUCUCUGGGCUGGGGUGCCGGUCCGUGUUGGUAGCCAUCGCUGGGGAGGACGGCAUGCGGGACCGUGACUGGUGGUUCUACGAGGCCUUGACCGGCAGCGGGUGGAAGGGCGAGGCAGAGGUGGACGAGGUGGAGGGGGAGGAACACGUCUUCCACCUCUUCAAUCCGGAGAAGGAGAAGGCGAGGUUGCUGCUAAAACUAUUUGCUUCGUUCAUCAACCGCGCAGGUUGAUGCCAUCGAUUGAGUCCUGGCCCGCUUAAGUUAUGAACAAUUGCUUUUGCCAAAAGUGUUUUAAAAUAGGAUUUAGUGAAAAGGAGAAGAGAAGUUCUCAAUCAUAUGAAGAAGAAGGCAGCCGAUGAUGUUGGAGCGCAGGAGUCGAUUCAAAAAUGGCAACCACUGAUACGAGUAGGAUGGUAUUUGAUAAAAAUCUGAAAAGAAAUUAUGUCUCCUUUUUGUUUAGAUAACUGAGAAAGUAGGAAGCUGAAUUGAAUUCACUUUGUUCAGAGUUCUUUUCAAUUCAGUUCAGAGUUCUUCUGAAAAGAAAUUACUGUAUCCUUUUUGUUUAGAUUGCAAGAUAAGUUGCCAGCAGAAAUGACUA